GAGAAGGCAAAACAAGAAAGAAAAAUAAAAGGAGCUGGUUUAAUCGUUUUCUUUUGGAGAAAAUCAUGGCUGAGGCUGUUGUUACAAUUGUUGCAGAAGGGAUCAAGCCCCUCGUAGACUACAUCAUUCAGCAGGCGAAUUUUUUGGGUGGAGUCAGCGAUCAAGUUGAGGUUGCGCAAACUGAGCUACAAUUAAUGCUGGGCUACCUGAAAGACGCAGAUGCCAGACAAGGAGAGGAUGAAGUAGUACGCAUUUGGGUUGCAACCAUUAGAGAUGCUGCUUAUGAUUUGGAGGAUGUGAUUGAAACCUUUGUCUUGAAGGUGGCUUCCAGGAGGGAAGGAAGUUUGAAGAUUGUUUUGAAAAGGUUUGCUUGCAUCUUUAGAGAAGGAUAUCAUCUUUACAAGACAGGGUUGGAAAUUGAGAAGAUUACAACUAAACUUUCCACAUUGAGAUCGGUUUUGCAAAGUUAUAAUAUAAGAGAAACAAGGGGGAGUGGUGGAGGUGGCGGUUCUUCUUUUGAGAGGCAACAAGAGAUGAGGCUAACUUAUCCCCAUGUUAUUGAACGUGAAGUUGUUGGGUUGGACGACGGCGUAAAUAUAUUGGCUACGCAUUUAGUGGAAGAAGAAAAAUGCAGUCGAGUUGUUUCUAUAUGGGGCAUGGGCGGUUCCGGGAAAACCACAAUUGCAAAACAGGUUUUUCAUCAUAGUAAAGUUCGACGAAGUUUUGAUUGUUUUGCUUGGGUGUGCAUAUCUCAACAAUGUCAAGGAAUUGAUGUUCUGGAAGAAAUCUUAAUUAAACUUACUUCUGCUACCAAUGAGCAAAGAGAAGAAAUUGAAAAAAUGAAGAAGGAUAGAGUAGCAGAGAAGCUUUGUAUCAUCCAAAGAGAAAGGAAAUGCUUGGUUGUGCUUGAUGACAUUUGGACCCGUGAUGCUUGGAACACUUUAAAAGCUGGAUUUCCAAUUAACCAGGAAACAAAGAGCCGAAUAUUACUCACCACACGCAACAAGGAAGUAGCCUCACAUGUAGACGAAAAUGGUUUCCUCUACCAACCUCAUGCAUUGAAUGAUGAUGAAAGCUGGGAAUUAUUUGAGAAGAUAGCACUUUUUGGAAGGGAUUAUACAAACUCUGAAUCAUAUGCAAAGAAGGAAGAACUAGGAAAGAAGAUGCUUCAACGUUGUGCAGGGUUGCCAUUAGCAAUCAGUGUGCUUGCAGGACUUUUAGCUAGAAAAGACACUGUUGAGGAAUGGAAUACAGUGCUUGAGAAUGUUGAUGUAUAUAUAAGGAGAGGUACAAUUCUUGAACGAGAAUAUAAAGGUCAAGAAUAUGAAGGUACGUCAUGGGUGUUGGCAUUGAGUUAUGAUGACUUACCGUAUCGCUUGAAACUUUGUUUUCUAUAUUUAGGCCUAUUUCCUGAAGAUUAUGAGAUACCAGUGAAAAGAUUGACUAAAUUGUGGGUGGCAGAAGGCCUAUCAUCAGCAUCCAUGGAAAUUAUGGAAGAAGUAUCCUAUAGCUGCUUAAUUGAGUUGGUGAAUAGGUGCAUGGUUCAAGUUGGAAAAUACGGUUCAACUAAGAAUGUUAAAACUUGUCGUCUCCAUGAUCUUAUGCGAGACUUGUGCGUACUAAAGGCCACAGAACAGAGCUUUCUCCAUACUAUCAAUGUUUCUGCAGCCACAGGAACCAAGGCAGCCCCAACCAGUAAGGUUCGAAAGCUUGCCAUCUAUUUGGACAAAGAAGUUGACAAAUUAGUUCCCACAUCAGAUGAAAGAGAUGGUCACCUCAGAUCUCUUUUAUACUUUGUCCCAACACAAUUUUUCUGGAAUAAAAGAGUAAUGCGGUCAAUAUUUGAGGACUAUAAAUUGCUUAGAGUAUUGAAGUUUGAAGAUAUGUUAGGAGGAGUAGAGUUACCAAGUACGAUAGGGAAUCUAGUCCACUUAAGGUUUUUGAGUCUAAAGAAUAGUAGAAUAAAGAAAUUGAGGUCAUCAAUAGCAAAUUUGGUAUGUUUGCAAACUCUAGAUUUACGUUGUCGUAUCUUGGUGAGGAGAAUCCCAAAUGUGAUUAGGGACAUGGAACAAUUGAAACAUUUAUAUUUACCUGCUUCUUAUAACAGAGUAAGUGGUAAACUGAGAUUGGCUACUCUUCCCCAUUUGCAAACAUUAGUCAAUGUUUCAAGUAAGGAUUGUGAUUUGAUUGAUCUUGCUGAAUUACGUUACCUCAGAAAACUGGUCGUAGAAGUACAGAGCUUGAAAAAUCUUGAGGAGAUGUUGAAGUCAACAAGCAUUACAUUUAACCGCCUUAGGUCUUUAUCUGUGCAAUCUGAUAACGAAGAAGUUUUAUUGAGGAUGCCAUUAAGCUGUCAUCAUAUAUUCAAGCUGCAAUUAAAGGGGCCAAUAAAAGAGUUGCCAGAGGGGCUCAAGAACUAUCAGAACCUCACCAAGAUAUCGCUUUCUGAAACUCUUCUCAAGGAUGACCAGAUAGAAAUACUAGAAAACCUGCCAAAGUUAAGAAUGCUUUUCCUCGAAGGUUAUACUUCUGUGCAUAUCAGGGCUUUUCCAAGAACACUUGUUUGCUCAGCAGGAGGCUUUCCUUAUCUCGAAUUCCUUUCCCUCCGUCAGUUGUGUAAACUGAAGGAGUGGAGGAUGGAGAAUGGAGCCAUGCCUAGUCUCAGGAGGUUGCACAUUGAACACUGCAUAGAUUUGACGUCAGUUCCAGAUGGCCUUCAGUAUAUUACUACCCUUAAGGAAUUGCAUGUUAAACGGAUGCCUUCUACAUUCUGUGAUAGGCUUCAGGAAGGAGGAGAGGAUUUCUACAAAAUCCAACAUGUGCCUUCUGUUAUGUUGUUUCAGAUCUGGUAGAAGGCACAGAUGGCUGGCGGCCUUCGAAGUUACAGGGACUGUAAGGCUUGCAAAAUUAGGUGAAAACUCUGUUGUUAACGAGUUAACUUAUCUUCGAUUCAGUAUCUCAGAGGCUAUCAAUGUAAAAUGUAACACUUAAUUCAUAUGAAACGGGAAAAAAAUGGAUUUUGUUUCCUAUGCGGACAAAAAUGGAUUUUGCUACCAACCAUUGUCAUUGAAUGAUGAUGAAAGCUGAGAAUUGUUUGAGAAGAUGGCAAUGUUUGGAAUAGAAGAUACAAAUCCGAGCAAGGCAAAGGAUAGAAAAAGGUAAC